AACAAACCUAGUAACCCAGAAGUAAAAAGUUUAUAAAUAAUAUACAUCGUUUUUGGACCAAAUUUUCCAACCACAUUAACAUUAUGUUUUCUAGAUUAUUUACUACGAAUCUCAUAUUUGGAAUAAUAAUUUUUUGCAAAACUCCUGCUAUAUAUACGUAUCUUAUUUCUAAUGAUGAUGGUAAUGUUAAUCAAGACCCAGUUGAAGCCGAUGUAUCCAUUAACACUCUCACAUCUUUAGGAGCACAAGGGGAAAGAAAUUCGCCCACCGACAAAAAAUCUCAGGUGAGAGUUCAACCUUCUUUGGAAACUUCUAUAGAAAUAGGUCAAACCCAAAUAGAAACCAUAGCUUCAACAAAUUCUUUGGAACCUUCUACAGCAAAAGGUCGAACCUUAUAUUAUAUCACAACCCAAGCUUCAGCAACUUCUUCUUAG